AUGAGUACAUACAGGCACCUCUUAAGGACACCGGCGACUGCUCCGUUGAGGGCCUCGCUGCUGUCCGGCACCCGCAGCCAUGCCAGCACCGGCACCCCGGUACACUACCGCUUCCUCUCCUCCCGGCCAUCUCGGCUGAGCGCCGCCGAAUCUCGCUCCUCUUCGACCUCUGCGCCCUACCAGCACACUACCUUUCUACGUUCGCCGCUUCUCCCAAGUGCCAUCAGAGCCGUCGGCCCUCCAUCACAAACCAGCGCGCGCAUCUUCCACGCUUCGUCCCGCACUCCGCAGCGACAGGCCGAUGACAAGGACCCUAAGACACAGACUGAGACGCCGGAGGACAAGGAAGGACGGCCAUCAGAGUCUAAGGCGAAACCUGAUGCUGAGAGCGAAGGUAUCGGUCGCGAGGAAGGCGACAAGGAAGGUGACAAGGAAGGCCAGGAAAAGUCCGAGGGCAAGCAAAAAGAGAAGGCUGAAGAUAUCCCACCCCCUCCCCCCCAUGGCGACAAGACGCCGUGGCAGGUCUUCAUGGAGACCAUGCAGUCCGAGUUCAAGCAGUCCAAGGAAUGGAACGAGUCCACCAAGGCCCUCGCCUCGUCAGCCCAUCAGUUCAGCGAGAGCGAGUCAGUGCGAAAGGCGCGACAGGCCUACGAGGCUACCUCGGGCGCUGUCUCUAACACAGCCGCCACCGUCGUCAAGUCAACAGCUGGAGCUAUUGGCAAGGGCGCCUCUUGGACGUGGGAGACCCCGGUAAUGAAGGGCGUGCGCAAGGGCGCCAACAUCACGGGCGAGGCGCUUGACAAAGCCACCAAGCCGAUCCGCGAGACAGAAGCCUACCAGAACGUUAAGAAUGUUAUCGAUGACGGGAGCAGCUCAAGGUACGGCGGGUGGGUCGAGAGGGAGGAGCGAAAGAGGCGGCGAGAGCUGCGGGAGCAGAUGGAGAACAAGGACGGGAAGUCGUCGAAAAACCUCGAAGAAGAUCCCGAUGCUGGAACCAACGUCACGCUACACAAAGAUGCCGCGUGGAAGGAGGCAUGGAGGGACUUCAGGGACUCGAACAAAUUCGUCCAAGGCGUGUUUGGCAUGAAGAACGUCUACCAAGAGUCCGAGAACCCCCUCAUCUCCACCGCUAGGAGCAUCACGGACCGCGUCGCCGGUUUCUUCGCCGAGAACGAGACGGCCAUGGUUAUCAAGAAGCUUCGUCAGAUGGAUCCCGCGUUCCAGGUCGAGCCGUUCUUGCGGGAGCUCCGCGAGUACAUCCUUCCCGAGGUUCUGGACGCCUAUGUUCGGGGCGACAUCGAGACGCUGAAGCUCUGGCUGUCCGAGGCCCAGUACUCUGUAUACGAGGCCCUGACCAAGCAGUAUCUGCAGGCAGGCCUGAAGUCGGACGGGCGAAUUCUCGACAUCAGGGGCGUGGACAUCCUCAAGGCGCGCAUGCUCGAGCCCGGCGAGAUCCCCGUCUUCAUCAUUACUUGCAGGACACAAGAAGUGCACGUUUACCGCAACGCCAAGACCAACCAGCUCGCCGCGGGCAUGGAGGACAAGGUCCAGCUUGUCACGUAUGCCAUCGGCAUAACCCGCAUCCCCGAGGACGUGGCCAAUCCCGAGACGAACGGCUGGAGGCUGAUCGAAAUGCAAAAGAGCGGGCGCGACUACAUCUGA